CCACUGCAUUAUGAAAUUACACCGUAUUCAGAGCUGCUGUGUGAUUAACAGUUCUACCGAUUUGUUUUGCUUGUGAGCUAAUUUAAGCUUUUAUGCUUUAGUUUGCUUUCGUUUGUAAUAUUAUCACCAUGUCGGUGGCAUUUGCACCUCACAGGCAACGGAAGGGUGAUAUAACACCCGCUGGGAUACAAAAGUUACUUGAUGAAAACAACCAGCUGAUCCAGUGUAUAAUGGACUUCCAGAGUAAAGGCAAAACGGCAGAAUGUUCACAGUAUCAACAGAUGCUGCACAGAAAUUUAGUGUAUCUGGCCACGAUAGCAGACUCAAAUCAGAACGUGAAUGUGCAGUCUCUCCUCCCUGCUCCACCCACUCAAAACAUGCCCAUGGGCCCUGGUGGAAUGAACCAAAGUGGACCCUCUCCUCAGCCCCCACAUGGUCACAACAUGCCAUCUGAGGGUAUGGUCAGCGGUGGCCCUCCAGCCCCUCAUAUGCAGAAUCAGAUGAAUGGACAGAUGCCUGGACCUAAUCACAUGCCCAUGCAAGGUCCUGGUCCAGGACCCAACCAGCCUCCAAACAUGCCCAGUGGCUCAAUGAACAUGCCUCCCAGCAGCCAUGGCUCCAUGGGUGGCUACAAUCACGCAGUUCCUUCUUCCCAAGGCAUGCCAGCUCAGAAUCAAAUGAACAUGACCCAAGGCCAACCUAUGGGAAACUACGGUCCUCGACCAAACAUGAACAUGCAGCCCAAUCAAGGUCCGGUGAUGCAUCAGCAGCCUCCAUCGCAGCAGUACAACAUGCCCCCUGGUGGUGGUGGACAGCACUACCAAGGCCAACAGACCCCAAUGGGUAUGAUGGGUCAGGUCAACCAAGGGAACCACGUCAUGGGGCAGAGGCCAAUGCCGCCCUACAGACCUCCACAGCAAGGACCCCCCCAGCAGUAUCCAGGGCAGGAAGACUACUAUGGCGACCAGUACAGUCACGCAGGACAGGGCGCCUCAGAAGGUAAUGCGCAGUAUGGCCAACAACAGGAACCGUACCAGCAAGGCCCGCCUCAGCAGCAGGGCUAUCCGCCACAGCAGCAGUACCCGGGUCAACAGGGCUACCCACCGCAGCAACAAGGCUAUGGUCCCUCCCAGAAUGCCCCAGGCCAAUACCCUAACUAUCCACAGGGGCAGGGACAGCAGUACGGGGCCUAUCGUCCUCCUCAGCCUGGACCCCCACAGGGCCAACAGCAGCGCCCUUACGGUUAUGACCAGGUGAGUAUAGCUACAGCAUCAGACGGUCACAGGGACAUGACUCAACAUGAGACGUAGUUAUUUUACUGUCCGAGUAAAACUCCUAUGCCAGACUCUUCUCCGUAAGACCAGAGUUUGUAUGUUAUGCAUGCUGUCAUCAUAUUCGGUAGUUAAAUCUGUUCUUCCCAAAACAAACCUGUUAGCCGUGUUGCUUGUAUAUUCUGGAUGAUGCAGUUUGAGUGAAACACGAGAGCGUUAGCGAGUUUUCUUCCGUACAUUUUGAAAGGCAGAUGGAUUUGCUGCCCUGUAUUUCCUGUGGUCUUUUGUGGGGACCACAGCUGCACUUUGAUAUCUUUAUCUUUGAACAUUUAGGGGCACAUGAGGAAAUAAAGAAGCGGGGAUUUGAACCCCUGACUAGCUCUGUAAGAAGCAAAGGUAAUGGUUGCUGUGAAGACCUCAACGUCCAAUCUAGACACUUGACCACCUAGCCUUGAGUUGCAUUUUGUUUCUUCUACUUCUCCUCUAUCCCUUUUAGUCUCUCUAGUUUUUUUCUUCCCUUUCUACCUUUUUAUUUUUCCUUUCCUUUUUUAAUUUUUGGUUUUUAACCAGGGGUCGAACUGUAAGUGAUGAGGUCUAAAGCUUUACAGCAUACCUGGUCUGCAGAGAGACAGCCAAACUCUGUGCACCUAAUCUCCUGAAAUUACAUUUAUUUUUUUUGUUUUUAAGCUAAAAGAGUAUUUAAUAGGGGUGUGGCAGUACAUGUGAGUCACAAACACAGUUUAGAAUGCUUUUUAAGCCAAUUUCAAAGAUGAUAUUGAUUUAUUUUUAUUUGUUCCUUUUACUUGUUAGAAUAACAUUCAUAGACUUGCAAGAAUUUGGCGCCUUUUCAUAUUUAUUUUUUUCACUAUUUUUAAUAAUCUGGUGAAACUUUUGUUUUCGCCUUUGUGUAAAUCUAAAACCAGGUUCAUGGCACCUCCUAAAUUGUGUGUACUGUUACACCCCUAAUAUUAGAAUUUAAUUGUUACAUCCAUCAAACUGUCAAAUCUCAGUUUCCAAAUUUGUCUUUAUUGCAUUUUCCAGAAAUGGCCAACGCAUAUUUCGACCCCUGUUUAGGAAUGCAAUCAAUAGACGUAUUCUCACACUGAGUUUGUCUCAUCUCUAAGUAGUGUCCGCCAUUUGGUGAGGAGUAUUACCUCCAGCUGUGCUGCUGCCAAACCUGAUGUAUUCAAUUAGAAUUUCAUAGAUACCAAAUUGUGAGGCCAUGCUGCCACCUGCUGGUCAACACCAGCCAAAGCAGGCAUAAAUCAUGGUUCUGCUGUACAAAUUUUCUUGAAGCCACAGAUGUUUGUUUGCACCCUGUUGAGAUUUGUGAACACCUGUGUUUAGUUUGUUUCCUGAGAAGGUCAGUAAUACGCCUCUGUCACAUUUCACUCUACAGGGCCAGUAUGGAAAUUACCAGCAAUGAGAAAUGAUCACAGCUACCUUCACAGCUCUGCUCUGAUCUCUGUCUGAGCUCUGACCUCUGGUCAGGCGCUAAGCAGACGUAAAUAAUGGUUUCAGCUCAGAUUCUCUCGGGACACAAACACACAAGAAUACAAGAAACGUUUCCCCCUUCUUUGGGCUUUUAUCGUUGCAUCCCCGAAAUGU